AUGGCGAGUUCGCCCCCGGCCUCGCCGGGAGGAAUCCAAAGGCCGAUGAGUGCCAUCGCCAGAGCACAACCGAGAAGUACCAGUAGAUUGAGCAUGUCAAGCAAGGCUGGAGGUGGAAGCAGAGCCUCAGAUGAGGACAGCCGGACGGCUGUCAAAGUCGCCGUUCGUGUACGACCGCCGCUGAAGCCUGAAGAUCCUGGCUAUGAUCUUAUUCCUCAGCGAUUUCAGAAGGCUAUGGUUCACACGACUUCCGACACCAGCCUUGCUAUCGAUUCACCACAAGGUCGUAAACUAUUUGUCUUUGACCGUGUCUUUAGCCCAGAGGUGAUGCAAGAGGGUAUUUGGGAUUAUGUCUCCGACUGCAUCAAUUCAUUCAUCCAGGGAUACAAUGUUUCUUUACUUGCAUAUGGUCAGUCAGGUGCUGGUAAAUCCUACACCAUGGGCACAUCAGGACCUGGCGAGCAGUAUGACCAAGAGUUGAUGGGUGUUAUUCCUAGAGCUGCCACUGCGCUCUUCGAGAAGCUCGAGACCCCCAAAUCUUCUGCCAAAGCCAAUCGCAGUUCCCUUUCGCAUCUUCGAGGUCCCCGAGGAUACAGCCAACAGAGUGCGCUUGGUGACCGCGAGUGGUCGCUAAAAGCCACUUAUGUCGAGAUUUAUAAUGAACAGUUGCGCGAUCUUCUUGUUUCCGAUACAACCCCGAUGAACGAGCGCGUUAAUGUGGCCAUUCGCGAAGAUACCAAAGGCAACAUCAUUUUGACCGGCCUACAACAAGUGGAGAUUAACUCAGCGGAGGAUCUCAUGAAUGCUCUCAACUUCGGAUCCUCUAUUCGUCAGACCGACGCCACCGCCAUCAACGCCAAGUCUUCGCGAUCCCACGCCGUUUUCUCGCUCAACCUUGUUCAGCGCAAGAAUAAAUACGGCGCAGGACAGGCCUCCGACAAGCGCCACUCUAUGCCAGCCGAGGGAUUGUCAGGUCAGGAAGUUUCCAUCACUACUGACAGUAAACUUCAUUUCGUCGAUUUGGCUGGAAGUGAAAGGCUCAAGAAUACAGGUGCUCAGGGUGAUCGUGCCAAGGAGGGUAUCUCGAUCAACGGUGGACUUGCCGCACUUGGCAAAGUUAUUAGCCAACUUUCAUCCAGAAAUCCUGGGGCCCACGUUUCAUACCGCGAUUCCCGACUUACACGAUUGCUACAAGACUCGCUUGGUGGUACAGCCAUUACCUACAUGAUUGCUUGCGUUACACCAGCCGAGUUCCAUUUGAGCGAAACGUUGAACACAGUCCAAUACGCUCAACGAGCCCGAGCUAUCCAGUCGAAGCCACGAAUCCAGGAGACGGAGCAGGGCGACAGCAAAGCUAUCAUUGACCGCUUAAAAGCUGAAGUCGCUUUCCUGCGCGAGCAAAUCCGCAGCGCUGAGAAUGGCGGAAGCCCUCGACGUAACGCCCCAUUAACCAACGAGCGAUCCGACCGCCAAAACGAGCGCGAGACAGAGCUUCAAAACCAGCUCCUAGACACCCAAGAGAGUUACACUGCUCUCAGCCAGCGCCAUGCACGACUCAUUGCCGAGCUAGCUCGCGCCCGUGAGAAUGAAUCUGGCGAGAAUCAGCACGACGAUAUUUCGGGAGAUACAGCUGAUGAUCGCAUCAACCGAUCAAACUCUUUUGCGCAAGCCGUCGAACAAGUCGUGAUGGAGUAUGAGAAGACAAUCCAGUCUCUGGAACAAUCUCUUUCCAGUACUCGCAGCACAUUGUCAAAUGUCGAGACUAACCUUCUUGAGAGAGAGACAAAAUGUGCUUAUGUCGAGACCAUCAAUACCCAACUGCAAACUCGUCUGCAGAAACUUGUUGAUCGCGAGAACAACACCGAAAACUACCUUCACGAUCUUGAGGCCAAGCUGGAUGGUCAUACCAGCGGCGAAGAGAAGAACGCAACUAUCAUCAUGGAACUUCGUAAGGAGAUUUCCCGUGCUCGAGAGAACGAGGCGUCUUGUGAAGACUACAUUUCAACCCUCGAGGAGCGUCUGGCUGAAGCUGACCAAGACGGCGAGCUGAUGCAACGCGAGAUCGAUCGACUUGAGCAGGUGGUUGAACGACAAAGGAGCCUUGGUAAACUCGAUUCUCUCCUUUACGAGCUUGACCAGAUCCAAGAUGGCAAGGAACCUGGAACUGAGAAUGGGGUAGAGAACCACGCCGAGUCAGCUAACGGUGUUGCGGCUCGUCGUGCUAUUGCUGAACAUUCCCGAAACUUGUCCCACGUUAGUCGACAUAGUCAGAUGGAAGAGCCCAUUCCUGAAGGUGAUGAGGAACAAGAACAGUCUCGCACUAAGAUCGGCACUCUCAAGGAGGUGGACGAGGAUUCUCUGCGCUUGGAGAAGCCUUCUGAGCAGGGACCUCCCCCAAGCCCAGCUCAGUCCAAAUUUGUUGCUGACAAGCUCGAGAACGUCACGCAGGAGCUGUUCGAUUUGCGUGUAGAGCAUGAGUCCACUCUUAAUGACUACGACUCGCUCCAUGCCAAGUACGAAUCAGCCAUGCGUAGACUGGCUGAGAUGCAGGAUGCUGUUGAUGAGGCUCGUCACUCACACCAACAGCGCCAAUCCGUAAUCUCUGUCGCCACACCUACGCGCACCACUCGGCCCGAGUCUUUCUUGUCUGACACUAGGACUAACGACCUGAAGACUGGCCCUCGAUCCUCCUUCACCCGGUCACUCUCUUCGGAGCUGUCUUCUGCCAUGGACUCGCCUGCGACAGCUGCUUCAUCAAACGGCGAUAUUCUCUCUGACGAUGAAACCGCUACCACUAAGCCUGCGGCGGCAUCUACAGAUACCUUGACCAACGAUGAGAGCGUCGAGCUUGCUGCAGAACUCGAGCGACUUAAGUCGAUGGCUCAGGAACGUGAGGCUGCCGAGCAAGAACUCGCCGAGAGAUAUGCUCAACUUGAGUCUAAACACAACGAGACCCUCGAUAUUGUUGAGGAGCUCAAGACAGACCUAUCACGGGCCCGUGUCAUGGAAGCUACUUCACCUCGUUCUAGCACUCCUGUUAUUCGACGCAAGUCAAGCCAGAAUCUGCUGGUAGUCGAUCGUGCCCAACGCUCAUUUUCAUCACUGCGAAACAUUGCUGCUGAGAACUUUGGCAGUCACCCCGAGGCUAUGCAGAGCUUCGAGCUGAACCUGAACGCUGCUAUACAUGAACUCACCGUCAGAAGCGAGCGGAUCCAGGAGCUCGAGGCUGAUGUAGCGGCCGCCAAGAAGGAGAUGGAAACUAAGAUGACCAUUAUCUCGGGACUGACAAGGGAGCGGUCCAGUUUGAAGGCCAGCCCUGUGGAGAUGUCGAUGGUUGCAACACUUCGAGAUCAGCUUGAGCAGAACGAGAGACAACUCUCUGAAACUAGAAAUGCCCACAUGGCUCGCGAGCAAGCACUCACAACUGAGCUCGAGUCUUUGCGCCAGGCCCUGGAAGCCACUUCUAGUACCCAAGAGCCCGACAAUGCUGACUCUAAGUACGAGAAGCGGGUUGCCGAGCUCCAGAGCGAGCUUGCUACCUGGGAGAGGAAGCACAAGGAGGCUCUCGAUUCUAUGGAGAACACUGAGACUCAGAUGCGUGGCACAAUUGGACAGCUUGAGGCACAGGUUGCAUCGAACCAAGCUCAACGAUCCCUGACGAAUGGUGACAAGGACGAGUCAACUAAGGAUGCUGAGCAACGACAACAGAACCUCAUUGGCUUCCUGCGCCAUGAGAUCGAUGAGUACAAGGCUAUUAUCAACAGCAACGCUACCAAGGUUGCCGAAUUGGAGCAGGCUCAUGCUGCGGCUCGUGCUGAGUUAGACGAACUCCACAAGGCCCACCAGGCGGUCAAGGAGGAUAACGCUCGUCAGCUGGAACUUGUCGCUAAGCUCCAGGAGCAGAUCGCUGCUCAUGGCGAUUCUGCACAGACCAACGCGACCAUCGAGGAAUUGAAGGCCCAACACGCCAAGGCCCUGGCUGAUCUGAAGACCGCCGAACAGAAGGGUUACGAAGAGCAGGUUGAGGUCUUGCUGUCCGAGCAUGCCGAGAGUGCCCAGCAAUUGGAGACAGAGCUCGCCGAGACAAGAGACGAGCUUAACAAGGCGUCUUCUCACGUUGCUAAUGCCCUGGGUCUCGAUGCCGACGUUGGAAAGCUUGCGGAGCGUAUCGACGAGCUCGCUGCCAGCAAGAAGGCUCUUGAUGUCGAGCAGGCAAAGCGAAGCGAGAUUGAGUCAUCAGUCACCGAGCUUACAGCUAUUAACGAACAAAUCAUGAAGGACUUUGAAGAUGCUAAGAAAGCUUUGGCUGACAUGAUUGACGGGGGUGCCGCGUCAGGCCCAUUGGUGGAGCAGAUCAAGCUCGCCAAGAAGAGAAUGACAGAUCUCGACGAUCGAAGCAAGAAGAACAGCCGAUUGGUGGAGGAGUUGGAAGAGCAGCUCCAGAACAACUUUGACGAAGUUCAGAUUACCAACAACCGCCUGAGCACUCUCCAAACCGAGCGCAAUACUAAGUUGGAUGAGGCCAAUGCAGCCACCGCACGCCUCACAGCUGAGUUGGAAGUCCUCAAGGAAGAUUAUACCGCUCUUCAGAACAAGAUGGAUGAAGUGGCAGCUGGUAUUCAACGCUCCAACUCCAACUCAACCAUUCGCAAGAGCGCAUCUCAUGUUUCUCUGCCAUCACCCCCACCAGCAAUCCCGCUUCCUCCUCUGCCAAACGGCGCACAAUCUCCCGUCAACGGCACCCCCGGUUCCCCCACUAGUGCGCGUCCAAUGAGCAAGGAUAACCUCAACAUCUCUCAAAUUACUGAGGAUCAAGAGGCACGCAUUCGAACGAUUGAGAAGCACCUUACUGCCGAGCGACAGCUUACUCAAACUCUUGAGGAGGCACUUACCGAUUUGGAAAGGCAGACUAACAAAGUUAAGGCCGAUUGUGAUGCCUGGAAGAAGCGCGCUGGUGAGCUAGAGGCUGAGGUGAAGGAGCUCAAGGACCGUCCACCACCUGAGCCCGUUCAAGACAACCGCUGGAGUCUUCAAGCUGUUGAGGAGGAGCGCAAGAAGCGACAAGCGGCUGAAGCUGCUCGACGUCAACUCGAGGAGCGCAUGAAUGCCAUCAAUAAGGGGAAGAAGAAGAAGGGAAGCCUGAACUGCUUCUAG